CCCUACUUUUGCACAUGUGAUUAUUGUUGUUUACUACUAUUAGAGAAAUUAGGCCUAAAAAUGAAUUCCUGGGACGAAGCAAGCAUUAGUAGCAUGGAAAGUGAACCGGAAAAGCCUCUAACAGGCGAGAAAAAGAAACGUAAACUGGAAAAAAACGUGGAUUCUAAUGAUGACAAUAAAAGAUCUGUGGGAAAAAAGGUGUUGAAGGGCCAAAAGAAAAGUUCAGCGGACAAAACGCUGCAGGUAUUGAAUUACGUGAAGGCAACGGAGCAGUUGUACAACAACAAUCUGUUCAGGCUUCAGUUGGACGAGCUGUUGAAGCAAGUAGAAAUUAAAAACAAGAGAAAAAAUGCUCUAAAAGUGUUUCUGGACCAGUUCAAAGAGAUUCUGGACAAGCUUAAGCCAGCCACUGUUAAUAACACAAAAGAGUUACAGAUUUUAAACAUAAAAAGUGAUCAAGAAACAAGUUUGAAAUUUGAAAAACCCAUCGACAUAGAGUGUUUUGGUUUGUAUGAAAACAAUUGUUUGCCCGGACCAGUUUUGGAAGCCUGCAUCAACUUGACCAUGCCUCGGACAUGUUUCCACAUUAAAGACUUUUCAAAUAACAGGUAUUUUGUUAAAAGACUCUUGUAUUUAACACAGAUAUUAAAACAUUUGCCUUAUGAGCAUAAAAGACUGGAAUUCCAUAACAGUAACGUCUUAUUGCCUGUGGUACAUUUGCAACCUGGAGUGGAUGAUGAUAAGUUUAUUAUUAAAAUAUUCGUCACUCCUCCUGAGGACUAUUUUAAAGACGAGAGAUUCUUACCGAGGGUAAAUAAUAUGAAACAAGAUUUAUUUGAAAGUGGCAUAAAAGAUUUGGAGGUAUUGAGAGUUUCCCCGACAGUUUUAUAUAAUUCCGCUUUGGCAUUUGAUGUUACUUUACACCGAAAUUGGAGAUUUAUCGUAGAGACUCUUAAGGACCAAGAAAAUGUACAAAAAGGGGUGAAACUGUUGGGCAUCUGGCUCAAGCAGCGCCACCUGAAUGUGGGGUUUGGCAGUUUCUCAACUGAUUUGUUGGCGUAUUAUGUGGCGUUUUUACUAAUUAAAAAGAAAAUUAACAACCUGAUGAGCCCUUAUCAGAUCAUUAGGAACUUUUGGAGUUUUUUUACUUCGACCAACCUGGGGGAGUGCAACUGUUUCGGGAAUUCCCAGCAUGCAGAUUUGUUCAAGAGCAGUUUUAAAGUGAAUUUAAUUGAUCCAAGUGGCUGUUACAAUUUGGCUGCUUUUUGGGAUCCGGAUCAUGUGAAGAAAGUUAAGGAGGAGAGUCAGAGGGCGCUGGAGUUGUUGGACAGUUGUAACCCACAAAAAGACGGUUUUCAAUGUUUGUUUUUGACCAAAAUGCCCAUUUGUUUGCAGUAUGACGUAGUGAUUGAUAUUUCAGAGUCCCUACCAUUAAGGGAUGUUUUCAACACAACGAACCAACAAAAGACCCAUUUUAUUGGGUAUGAGCAACAUCACCGCACCGAGGAAAUAAAAAAUUUACUUAAAAAGGGCCUGACCAACAGGUUUCAGUUAAUUGUCCCUUAUAGAUUUAUAAAAUAUCCAGAAAAACGUGGAAAUUCUGUCCUGGAAAAGGUCCAAUUUGGGAUCAACUUAAACCCAGAAACCUGCUUUAAUUUUAUUGAAAAGGGUCCCGCUCUAAGUGAUUUCGUCAACGCAGAACAGUUCAGGCAAUUUUGGGGGCCGUUAAGCAGCGACAGACGGUUCCGAGAUGGCAGCACCCACGUAGCGGUUUAUUUCAAAACCACCACCGCACGCGGCAAACGACACAUAAUCAAACGCAUAAUCAAGUACGUGUUGACUGAAAAACUCAACUUGAAAUGUCAAGUUCACUAUGACGACUUUGACGUUUUCCUAUUGGCCAAAGGGAUUUUUAGUGCGGGUCCCGUGGGAACCAACGAGGAACCGACAAACAAAUGCGUCACUGUGGCGGACCAAUUGGGACAAAAGUUGAGAAGUUUCAAGUUGCCCCUGGGCAUUUUCGGAAUCCAGGGAGGCUCAGAUACUUUUAGUUAUUGUCAAGUGUUUCCUUCGGUGGCAUCCAGAGGGCUUGCACCGUCUCGUCCAGAAGAAGUCAAAGGGAACAACAUCAUUUUUCCUAAACAAUUGGAAAUGGUACCGAGGUACAUUGAACCGUUAGAGGUGGUACUGAAAACUGAACAAAGCUCCAAGUGGCCCAAAGACCCGGAAGCUCUUAAGAGCGUUAGAACCUCCUACUUCCUGGAAAUCUCCAAACUGUUGGCAAAAGAAAACAUUUUAUCCAACGUAAUCCAGGAUUUCCUGCAAAUUUACUACGAGGGACUCACGUUUCGUUAUCGCAUCUAUCUGCCCCAUGAAACCCAUUUACACAAAGAGCCACUGAAGUACCUGAAGAACCUGAAAGUGCUCCCACAAGUCAACGCGUCAUUAAAAGGUUUACAGCAGCAAUUUCCCAGCUACGGCCCUGGCACCGCUCUAAUAAAAAGAUGGCUGCGAGGUCACAUGAUCGACUCCCACCACCUGCCCGACCCAGUGAUAAAUUUACUGAAUGCCUCCCUGUACUUGAACCAGUUCGGGUACCCCCACUCCUGCUCGCCUCAACUUUCUUUUAUACGAUUCCUGAAGUUUUUCGGGGAAUUCGAGUGGGAAACUCAACCGGUUUUAGUGAAUUUCAACGAGCAACUGGGGGAGAACGAGAUCAAAGAAGCCGAACGGAAUUUCCAGGAAAAUCGGGGUUCUUUACCCCCAUUGGUUCUUUUGGUGCCCUAUGACGACACGGGGAUGAUUUUCACAAAAAAAAACCCGAGCCGGGAAGUAAUGGGCAUGGUGAAAGCCCUUUGUCAAGCGGCGUUAGAUCUGGUGGUCAGUCGGGUCGAAAAUUGCCACUUGUUUGACUUAAACGCCUUAUUCGUGCCGAAAUUGGAGGGUUUCAACGUUUUAAUACACCUGAGGCCCCAAAUGAACCCCAGGAGACACGAACAACUGAUCAACAACGACGAUAAAAUCCAAGUCCAAGAGUACAAACACCAUAAAGGGGAAAAAAUUCCUAUAAUUGGAUUUAACCCAGUUGAUUUUUAUUUAGAGACUUUAAGGACCAAUUAUGGACAUUUUGCCACAUUUUUCCAUGACACCUAUGGGGGAAACGUCAUCGGGUUGCUAUGGAACCCACAAGUAACCAAGGGAACCCCCGCCAAACAAAACAACUUCCAGGGGAUGACAGUAGAUGGUAGCAGUAAACUUGUUUUCAACGAAGAUGCCUUAAUUGAGGAUUUUUAUGCCGAGGGCAAGGGUAUAGUUGAAUGGAUCGAGAAAAAUAGUUAAAUAAAUAAAUUAUAUCUAUGUAAUUAAA